UCCGGCACAGUGUUGGACCGCUAAGCAACAAAUCAGUUUUCCGGACCUGACCCGACCCUCGCUCAACCUCUCGGAGUCGGACAGGCACCCAGCCGGCUCCUGGAACACGACAGUGAAUUGUGGCUUCUCUUCGUCUGGGCUCAGACCCCCACCUGCCCAUCUCCCGGCGGCCCUCUCGUCAGGCGUCCCCCGGAUCCUGUGAUUGGCGCCUGCGCCUGCUGACGGUGACCGAGGAGCCCCCCCGGAGGAACUUGGGCAUUCCUUAGGUUCGGACAGAGAACUUGCACUAUUGGUCUUCAUUUCCUCACAUAAUGCCUGACAUUCAAUAAAUAUUUGUUAAACUUGAAGAGACGUAUGGGCAAUGAAUCUAGAAAGGGAGAACAUCUUUGGUCCUACAGUUUUGCCAAUACUGACAUUUUUUGAAGUGUUCUUAACUUGCUUUUUAUGUAAAUAAUUGGCUAGACUUCAUAUCUUUCACUAUAGAAGCCUAUAACCUACAGUUGCCAGAGAUUUAAACAUUAUUUUUAGGAUAGCUUCUACAUUAAACCUGAGAGCUCUUCCCAUCUUAUUCCAAAAAUGUUGAGAUACUGGGGAGAGAUACCAAUGUCCUCAAGCCAGACCAACAGAAGUUCCUUUGAUCUGCUCCCACGGGAGUUCCGUCUGGUAGAAGUACAUGACCCACCCCUGCACCAACCCUCAGCCAACAAACCCAAGCCCCCCACUAUGUUAGACAUCCCCUCAGAGCCAUGCAGCCUCACCAUCCAUACCAUUCAGUUGAUCCAACAUAACCGACGUCUUCGCAACCUUAUUGCUGCUGCUCAAGCCCAGAAUCAACAGCAGAUGGAAGGUGUAAAGACUGAGGAGAGUGAACCUCUUCCCUCCUGCCCUGGGUCACCUCCUCUACCUGAUGAUCUCCUACCUUUAGAUUGUAAGAAUCCCAAUGCACCAUUCCAGAUCCGGCACAGUGACCCAGAGAGUGACUUUUAUCGUGGGAAAGGGGAACCUGUGACUGAACUCAGCUGGCAGUCCUGUCGGCAGCUCCUCUACCAGGCAGUGGCUACAAUCCUGGCUCAUGCAGGCUUUGAAUGUGCUAAUGAAAGUGUCCUGGAAACACUAACUGAUGUGGCACAUGAGUAUUGCCUUAAGUUCACCAAGUUGCUGCGCUUUGCUGUGGAUCGGGAAGCCCGGCUGGGACACACUCCUUUCCCUGAUGUUAUGGAGCAGGUAUUCCAUGAAGUGGGUAUUGGCAGUGUACUCUCCCUCCAGAAGUUCUGGCAACACCGCAUCAAGGACUAUCACAGUUAUAUGCUACAGAUUAGUAAGCAACUCUCUGAAGAAUAUGAAAGGAUUGUCAAUCCUGAGAAGGCCACAGAGGACACUAAACCCGUGAAGAUCAAGGAGGAACCUGUGAGUGACAUCACCUUUCCUGUCAGUGAGGAACUGGAGGCUGACCUUGCUUCUGGAGACCAGUCCCUGCCCAUGGGAGUCCUCGGGGCUCAGAGUGAGCGCUUCCCAUCUAAUCUGGAAGUGGAAGCUUCCCCACAGGCUUCAAGUGCAGAGGUAAAUGCCUCUCCUCUUUGGAACCUGGCUCAUGUGAAAAUGGAGCCCCAAGAGAGUGAAGAAGGCAAUGUCUCUGGCCAUGGUGUAUUGGGCAGUGAUGUCUUUGAGGAGCCCAUGUCAGGCAUGAGUGAAGCUGGAAUACCUCAGAGCCCUGAUGACUCAGACAGCAGCUAUGGUUCCCACUCCACUGACAGCCUCAUGGGGUCCUCCCCUGUUUUCAACCAGCACUGCAAGAAGAGGAUGAGGAAAAUAUAAAAGUGAAAGAGGGACAUUUCAGUCCAGUCAUACAACAUCCAACAGAAAACCUUGAUGUAGUCUAAUUUGUUUCUAUAAACAGUGAUUUGAUUCUUAAACACAGUGGGUUUUUCUCAUUUCAGAGAAACAGGAUUUCACCAAAAAAAAAAAGGUUGCAUUUUAUUUUGGUACCAUGUUUUAUAGUUUUCGUCAACAACAAAGCCACACAUGGAUCACAAUGGUAAUAUAUAUCAAGUCUGACCCCGAUUGUUGUCUUUACUAUGUAACUACAUGUUUCUUAGCUUCUCUGCAGCCAUUUCUAUUGCACAGUUGAGAAGACUCAUACCACUUUGACCUACCUUGCACAGAGGAAUACUGAGAUGUUUAUUACACUGUACUUGGAUAGACUCAGGAAUAUAUGCCAAUAUCAGAUGUCACUUUUUCUUUUGAUUCAAGUCAUUGGGAAUCCAGUACCAAUUCCUUAUAGGAAACUAAACACAGCAAAACUUAUCUAUCAUUAAUCUUUGUAAAGUGAUUUUGCUGUCUAUGAAGUCUUUUAUAAAAUCAGAGGUCUGUGGUAAUGUAA